AUGAUAAAUCUUAAUUUACCCAAAACAGUUCCUUUACUACCUGGUCAUUGUUUCCCAGAUUUCGUAAAAGAAGCUCAUAAUAAAACUUAACAAUUUUCAUUAAUAAAUAAAAUACCUUAAGAAAAAACCAAUUAUAUAGAAGAAAAAAGCGAUUAAUUUUUAGUUGAUAAUUUAAGAAUGGGAACACCAUUAAAUUUGACUUAUGGAAAAAAUAGAUAAGUGUUAAAAUUUAUGGCUUAUUUUUAAGAAAGUGUAGUAGAAAAUCCAAAUGAAAAUUAUAGAAUUCGUAAAUGUGCUAUUUAUUUCUAUUUAUCUGAUGGAACUAUGCAUAUAAAUGAACCCAGAGUUUCUAAUUCUGGAAUUCAAUAAGGAGUUUUUGUUAAAAGAUAGAAAAUUCCUAAACAACUAAAUUCGACUGAAAGUUAUUAUUAAUGGGAAGAUUUGAAUUUAGGAAUUAAUUUAAAUUUCUUUGAAAGAGUUUUUAGAAUUUUCGACUGUGAUGCUUUUACUAGAGAAUUCUAUGAUUAUAUGGGAGUAACAUUAAAUGAACCUGAAUCAAUGCCUAAAGACUGUUUUGAAGUUUAAAGAUAACUAAAGGAUUUGAAAAUACCUCCACCAGAUACAAAAGAAUACAAUGAAUAUAACGAAGUUAAAUUAGGAGGAGGGCAUCCUAAUGGAGGAUUAAAAUAAUAUAUUGAAAAUGAUAGAAAAGUUUUAUCUUUUAAUAUUUUAUGGAAUGAUAUAAGUUUAGAAGGAGGACUAAAUUAUUUUGUUUUAAACUACUUUUUAGCAGAUAAUUAAAUUGAAAUUAAAGAAAUUAUAAGACAUAAUAGUGGAAAAGAUCCGUUCCCUUUACUUUUAAAUAGAAAAAGAUUACCAAAAGAACCUAUUUUAACACAUUAUCCAGGAAUGACUUUAAAAAAAGAAGAAUUUUACAGCCCAAUAGAUUUAAUAUGUGGAAAAUUAAUAAGAAUAUAUUCAAAAGAUUGUUUAAUCUAUGAUUGUGAUCCUUUCACAAAAGAAUGGUAUUUAUAAAACUUAAACUUAUAGCAAAUGCCCAUAACUCUAAAAAAAGAAGAUAUCAAAAAAUUUUACUAACCAGUCCCACCUUAUCAUGGAUAUGGAAGUGAGGAAGAUUCGCUCGGCAGUGUUUAUUCGUUAUAACCAAAACCUCCAAGAAAGGAUAUAAAUAAAAUGCAUACUUAAGAUUAAUAUAUAUUAAGAUUUGAGGCGAGACUUAUUUCUUAAAAUAAGGAAGAUAAUAAUAGAAGAUUCAUAAUUUCUUUUUACUGUGGAGAUGAUACAGUCAUGGCAUAUGAAAUUUGCGAUAAAAAUUCGGGCAUUUGGGGUGGUAAAUUUUUAGAAAGAAUGUUACAUAAAAGUCCUAUUAGUGGAAAAUACUAUAAUGAAAUUGACUUCUAAAUUGGAGAAUUAAUAUAAUUAGGAGCUUAUUAAUUCUAACUUUUGAGAGCAGAUGAAUAUACACAUAAAUAUAUGAAAUCUAAACCUGAAGUUUUUAGAGAAGCUGAUAUUGAAUAAGUUUUAAUUAGAUUAAAAAAAUUUGCAAGCAAAUAUAAUAGUUAUGAAAAUUUCUUAAUUGAUAUAAUAAAACAUGUUGAUAAGAAUAAUAAAGGUAUAGUAGAAUUUAAUGAUUUAGUUGUGGGUAUGAAAAAAUUAGGUUUUAAUUUAACUUAUUAAGAAAUUUAUACUCUAAUGAGGUAUUUCAAUUUAACUGAAGAUUGGAAACUUUGCAUGAAGGAAUUGUAUGUUAGUUUGGGAGGAAAAAGAUGAAGAAAAAUUAUUUUUAUUUUAUUAUGUUUUGUUUUAGGAUUAAAAUUUUUUUAUAAAAAU